UUUGUUUACGUAGGUCGAGGUUUGAAGAGCUGUCGUCUUGAGCUGAAAAGAAAGUUUGAUCAAAACCACUAUCAAAAUCAAAAUCAAAAUCUGGUCGUCUCUGGACAGCUUCAAAGUUUUUUUGUAUGAGGACUCAAACAUGCUGAUGCAUAGUUUAGAUGGGGACGGACAAUUGCAUCGGAUGCUGUAACUUUAACACCUGGAGGACACAUGUACAAGUUUCGGCGACAUAGAUUCUGACAUCAGUUUGUAAUGGAGGAUUCGACUGAGUUAAAAAACGGCAUAGACCAUUACCAAAGUCAUCAGUACAAAAAGGCACAAAUUGCCCUUGCCAAAGCAGUUGAAACUGCCAUGCGCGAUAACGACGAGGAAACACUUACUAAAGCAUUGCUUUGGCUUGCUAGAGCUUUGGCAGGAGAAAAUGACUUCUUGGAUGCAGUAAAGUGCCUUGCAAGAAGUCUGGCGCACGUAGUGAGAGUUGGAGAUUGUGAUUUUAAGCUUGAGAUUGCACUCGAGCUUGGCGUUACCUACACGUCGUGGAAAAAAACGGACGAUGCGAUUAGAACAUUGUCCAAUGUUCACAAUUAUUUGAAUAAGCUUGAAAAUUAUCCAAAUGACUGGAUGAAACAGCUUGAAACCAAAACAUGCUAUUUUCUUAUAAUAGCAUUUUACAUUCAUGUUCAAUCUCAGUGCCCAAUUGAAGAUAAGGAAAUGGAUAUCAGGUCACUUCUUUUGUCAGUCAAGGAUAAAGACCUUCGAAAAAAAGCUGCUCUUUACGCUUCUCUUGUCUGCAUUAAAUUGGAGAAAUUCAACUUGGCCAUUCACUGCCUAAAUGGCGUCUCCUUUGAAAGCAUUAAAACACUGCAGCAAGCCACGUCAAUUAUUAUGGCAUAUGCAAAGAGAAAGUGCAGUACCUAUUUCUUUAAGUCAAAAAACUGCGGAAAAUGCAUAAUACUAUCAAACAGAAAUUCUAUCGACGGUGAUGUUCGUGCUGGAACAAGAAAAGACGAGGAUACAUUGUGUGAAACUUUCAAGAAGCUUGGAUUCUCGACAUCAAUUUAUCCUAACAUGGACGCGAAUAUGCUUGUGAGAGAGUUGGAAGACACUGCGAAUAACUCGCAACUGAAUCACGAUGCACUUGCGUGCUGCAUACUGUGUCAUGGGUCGUUGGGCGGGAUCAAGAGUUGGGAUAACAGAUUUAUUGCUGAGCAGGAGUUGAGAAGGGUAUUCAACAGCAGACGUUGUCCUAAAUUGCGGGGAAAGCCUAAAUUAUUCUUCAUUCAAGCAUGCAGAGAAGACAAACCGACGCAGACAAGAAGCUACAUAAACGAAACGAAGGAGUUCGAUUCUGCGUAUUUUGAUGAUACUGAUUAUAAAAGGGUAGAACCAGAUGGCCCAUAUUCAAGGGAGGAGUUUCCUGUCAGAAUUUUAAGCACAGCAGACUUUGAGUUCUUGGAGCCAUGUGUUAAAGAGCAAGUAGCAAAGGAUAUAAUGGAGCUUCAAGAAUAUUUUUACAAUGCCAGUGAAAGUCUCCCUGACGAUAGUGACUAUUUUAUUGGUCAUGCAACAACGCCAGGAAAACUGGCUGUUCGUGAUCCGAAGCGAGGCUCGUGGUUCAUUCAAACUCUUUGUGAACACAUCGAUAAAUAUGCAAACCUAAACACAUUGCCGGAAAUUUUCACAAUGGUUCAAUGUAAAAUAGCAGAGGAAGAAGCGUACAAGGUAAUACCUGAGAUGAGUUCCACAUUGCGAAAGAAGCUGAGUCUAUCUGACACCACCAAUUUGUGAAGCAACAAAUUUUCCAUAUCGUUGAAUAGACACAUUAAGUAGAGAUAAGCUUUGACAAAUAUAAGCAUGUAUAAUCUCGUGUUUUAUCAUUUUUGCUUUCCACUGGUUCUUUUUAUCGCUUUGCUAGAUAGCUGAAAAAAUGUCAACCAUUCUGCACUAAACAUCGUACCCGAUGAUAAGCUAAUGAGUGAAA